UUAUAGGUAAUGAAAUCUGACUUUUGAUUAGACAAUGAAAAGUUCUUGUCAUCUGAGCAAAUGGUGUGAAUUCAUUGAUUAAAGUUCUUCCAAAAGAUUAGGUAGCAAACUAUAUGAAAGAACUAUAGUGCUCUUCUUAAAAUGAGGCAUAACAGAAUUUCAGUUAACAUUGUUAGAAAGCACUCCAUGAAUAUAGAGUUGCUCAAUGUGACAUUUACUCGUAUAUGUUACCCUCUUCUAUGGGGGACUUGGGUAAUGAAGUGUAGUUUUGACUACCAUUUGUCAGUUGGAAAGGUUCCAAAAACAAGGAAGCAUUUGUACAUGUGCAGAUGUUGGCCCGAUUCUUCUUUUCUCCUGUUGUCAAAGACUAUUUUAUUUUCACAAAGAUAUGUUUGUAUCUGUUCUACAAUAUGGCAUGUGAAUAAUAUACCAGUAGUGUUUGGAGGAGUUUUUUGUUUUACUUUUUGCAUGACACAACUAUAUAAUCUUAUAUAUUUCUUAUUUUAGUGCUUUCGUUUUUAUGUCAGGGUCUUUAUACAUGAAUGUUUCUGGGAAAUAGUUAAGUCUUUUGUAAUUGUCUAACGAAAAUUUCAAGAUCACAGAGGUAUUUUAAAUUGGGGAGAAUAGCUGAGAGUGGUGUUUGGUUCCUCAACAGUUUUUGUACUGCAUAUUGGACACGAGUAAUCUCUUUUUCUGAUUCCCAAAAUAAAUUUUAAAAUUCUCAGGCAAGGCACAAAAUUAGAAAUGUGUUUACCUCUUAUUUCUAAAGAACCAGUAGAUAUGAUCUAACUAAAAAAUGGAAUCAAUUAAAUUACUAUAAUUAAUGAUUCAUAUAUAAGUUUUUCAUUUACAUAAUUAGGAUUUCAUCACAAAUCUGCAAUAUUAAAAUUUAAGAGAAAAAGAUUAUAUACACAAAGAACAAGUACAGCUAUUGUGCAUUGUUAUAGUUGAAAGGGAGCAAUUGAAAUUGGGUAAUUAUGGAUGAAAUAUAAUUCUUAAUUUGCUUUUUGUUUUAAAGUUGAUAAAAAUUUUAAUGCAAGAAUAUUAUUGAGUUGUGACAAUUUUAUAAAGCUCAAGGCAAAAUUAAUAUUGCCUGUUUUUCUAAGAGAUACAAAAAUAGGAGCCUCAUUUUGUGGUCACUAAAUGUACGUAGAUUGUUCAGUUUCUAGCAAUAGAGUAUUGACACAGGCAUGCCUUGGAGAUAUUGAGAGUUCAGUUCCAGACCACCUCAAUAAAGCAAACAUCAUGAUAAAAGGGUGAAAGACACCUCUCAAGAAUCUUUCCCUGAAUUCCACCCCACCUGCUUCCUGACUAGGUAAGGCCCCUACUAAAUGCUCCCCUGGGACCUGCACCACUGCUUAGUACCUGACACUUUUCAGAUUCAUAAUUAUUUGUUUGGUGUCUGCAUGCUCUUCUCAAAUAAAAGCCCAUGGCUAAAUGGAGACUGUUUGGUUCACCCUUAAUUGCCACCGUAACACAGUGCCUGAUGCCUGGUAAAUAACUGCUGGUUAAUAGGCUGCAGUGCUAUCAGUUUAAAUAAAAGGAUUGGUUGAUUACAUUUACACAAGUGAAGAAGAUAAGGGAAAGCAUAAAUACUUUUAGAUUUGGUAAUAAAGACAGUAUCUUCCCUCUUAUUGAUCAAUUUGGUUCUUAGAUUUUGAUAAGCAAGACUUGUCAUCCUAUUUUAGCUUUAAAAUGUAAAGUUCUCUAUUUAAAUUUUUUUCACGUCCAUAGUACUGGUAUGAGUUAGGAAAAAAUGAAGUUAAUCUCUAAUAAACUGUUGAAUAUAAUGAGAAAAUCCAAAGUCAUUCCUAGUAGCAAUCUCUGCUGAAAGGAUCUGAGGAUAGACCUAGGAUAUAUUCAUCAGAAUCUCUUAUAAUAAGAUAAUUCUUUUGUAGAGUUUUCCGUCUGAUGAAGGUUGGCCAUUUGCAAAGUAUCUUGGAGCUUGUGGAAGAAUGGUGGCUGUAAAUUAUGUUGGAGAAGAACUGUGGAGUUACUUUAAUGCGCCAUGGGAAAAACGAGUUGACCUCGCUUGGCAAUUAAUGGAAAUAGCAGAACAGCUUACAAACAAUGACUUUGAAUUUGCACUCUACCUCCUGGACGUCAGCUUUGACAAUUUUGCAGUUGGUCCUAGAGAUGGGAAGGUAAUCAUUGUGGAUGCUGAAAAUGUUUUGGUUGCUGACAAAAGAUUAAUUAGACAAAAUAAACCUGAAAAUUGGGAUGUAUGGUAUGAAAGCAAGUUUGAUGACUGUGAUAAGGAGGCUUGCUUAUCAUUUUCAAAAGAAAUUCUUUGUGCUCGUGCCACUGUGGACCACAAUUACUAUGCUGUUUGUCAGAACCUCUUAUCCAGACAUGCCACCUGGCGUGGCACUUCUGGAGGACUCCUUCAUGAUCCACCAAGUGAAAUUGCCAAAGAUGGCCGGCUCGAGGCCUUGCUGGAUGAGUGUGCCAACCCAAAGAAGCGGUAUGGCAGAUUCCAGGCUGCAAAAGAACUGCGUGAAUACCUAGCACAAUUAAGUAACAACGUGAGGUAGUCUAUGGUGAACUUUUCUUUUUUUCUCCGUUUAAACAGCACUGGCUAAAACUAAACCACCAAAAAACUGUCUGAAAAAAUGAAAUCUGGAAGUUUUACAUUCAGAGGAUGAUAAACCUGCACUGAUAGAUCUUAAUGUUAACAUCCAUCAAAAUAAGACAUUACUUCAAAAAUCACAUGAUGCUUCUGCAAAUAAGUAUGUUCUUACACUUUGGAGGCUUGAGCUGUCAUCAGCUGCUCCCCACUACCCCGGAAUGCUUCAGUGGAUUAAUGAAUAUUGUUAAGCUAUUGGAAAUGAGUCUGAUAGUACAUUGGUUUGUGUAUCAAAGGGUACUUCGUACUUCGUUUGCAUUUGCUAUCAUGAUUUUGUGAAUCUCUUGCAUUUACUUUGAAUGUCAAGUCAGAUUGGCCUGUUUUAUAGGCCGCUUUUUCCUUCUGAUGUGUAGGGUUUUUUCCCAUUUUUUUUUGUUAAUUAAAUUUUGGAAAUUCAGGUUACUGUAGGUGUUCAUUUAAAUUUUUACUAGUUCUCAUUCAGUGCUAUUUGGUACAUAUUUACUGUUAGGGCAGGAUUCCCAGGUUUACUGUGUUUUUUUUUUUUUUUAAAGAAAGCUAAAUAUUACAUUAUGUAAAUACUUCUUUUCACCAACUUCUGUAGUUUCGCCAUUGCAUGGUGUCAUUUCAGGUUAUUUAACAGUUAUAUCCCUCUAUGCCAAUAAUUACAAGUGUACACUAAACAUGAAGUUUGGCAUAUGUUGCAAAAUGUCAUUUUAUCUUUUCUAAAGGCUUUAAGAAUAUACUAGAAUCUAUAUAUUGAUGUUAAUUUUGAUUCAGAAAAAAAUACAACCCAGUAUCUAAAAAGUGUUAACUAGUCCAAGAUAAUAAUGCAUAUGCCAAAGAAAUAUUACACCUAGUCUCAUGUUUAGAAUUUAAAAUAGAAUUGAUCACCUACUUAUUCUUACCACCCUACUUCCAGUAUUUUAGCUGUCAUUAUUAAAUUCAGAUCUUCCUGGUAAUUCUUUCUGUUGAAAGUUGAACUACUGCUUUCAAGUAAUUUAAAGUUAUCCUACCUUUUAUUCAUGGGUGGUUUUGCAAAAUUAACAUGGUACCCAUUGUUUGAAUUUAAUCGGGCAUCAUAACCUUUUAUUUAUUGAGGAACUAAUCAUUAUUACUGUAAAGCAGACAAGUUAGCCAGUCAGCCCACUUUGGUCUUUACCCAAUGGUUAACAUCAAAUUUAAUUAUUUGCGUAGAAGUGUGUGGGCUCUUUAAAAAAUGUUAUAUAAGUUGACUAUCACUAACAGGUAAUAUUUUUCUGUUUGAAGUUGUUACUUUUGUUUACAGCAAAGUUUGAUGUAGUGUGCAGUAGUGAGCUUUAGACUGAUCUUUUUCUAAAUCAGAAAGUGAUUAAAGUAUGCACAACCAAAGUCAGGUUUUUCUUUUUCAUUUAUUCAGCAACUAUUUAUUAAGCAUCAACUGUGUGCCAGGCACAUUACUAGCUGCUACAUACUGUCUGAACAUGACAUAUGGUUAAGUAACUUUACAAUUAUUAUCAAAUACUUCAAUGUAGAUAUUUCUUAAGUUGAAAUAGCAUUAACUAGGAUAAUGCUUUCAUGUUAUUUUAUUGUCUUGUGAUAGAAAUUCAACUUGUACCAUCUAAAACUAGGUUGCUAUAAAAAUAGGAGGAUGAAGUCAAUAAAGUUAAUCCCAGUUUAAAAACUGGAAAGAAAAGGUAAGAGCUCUCCAUUGUAAAAUAGUUGCAUUAGGUUAAUUUUUACACAUUAGUGCAUUGCAUAUGUCAACUGGCCCUCAAUGAAGCAUUUAAGUGCUUGGAAUUUUACUAAACUGACUUGUUUGCAACUUUGGGAGAUUUUUGAGGGGAGUAUUUAAAAUUGCCAAACACCUCUUACUCAAAACUUCAAAUAAAGUACACAUUUUCAAAAGGGAGCACCUUUUAUAUUUGAUAAGUUUUCAUUAUAAACCUUAUAAUACCAGUCACAAAGAGGUUGUCUGUCUAUGGUUUAGCAAACAUUUGCUUUUCUUUUUGGAAGUGUGAUUGCGAUUGCAGAACAGAAAGUGAGAAAACACUGCCAGCAGUGAUUGCUACUUGAGGUAGUUUUUUAUAACUACCAUUUCCCCUCCAUGAAAUUAUGUGAAAUUUAUUUUAUCUUUGGGAAAAGUUGAGAAGAUAGUAAAAGAAUUAGGAAUUUAAAAUUACAGGGAAAAAUAUGUAAGUGAAAAGCAAUAAAUAUUUUGUUCACUUUGCUAUCAAGAUGUUCACUAUCAGAUAUUUAUUAUAUGGCAGCAAUUUAUAUUUUUAAUCAUUGCCCAUUAAUAGACGCAGUAAAAUAUUUUUGAAUCAGACAUUUGGGGUUUGUAUGUGCAUUAAAAUUGUCUUUUGUACUGUAAGUUACUGUUAAUUUGAAUAUUUUAUCGAACUGUCUCCCUGUGCCUUUAUAAUAUAAAGUUGUUUCUACAACUUUUAAUGAUCUUAAUAAAGAAUACUUUAAGAAUCACA